AUGUCACUCAACGAUCUUUCUCAGGGCGCUAUUGCUCAGAUGAUCCAGACGGCGGAUCCUGCCAACUCGGUGCAGAACCCUAUCUGUCAGAUCCUAAGCAUCAAGAAGAUUCAAGCCAGUGCUACUUCCGCAUCCAAUGUCGGCGAUCGUUACCGCAUCAUCCUCUCUGACGGUGUCCACUACGCGCAGUCCAUGCUUGCUUCCCAGAAGCGCUCGAUGGUCGAAUCUGGCGAGCUUGAGAAGCACUGUCUCGUCCGCAUCUCGCAGUAUGCUAGCAACUCGGUCCAGAACCGACGUAUCCUUAUCCUUCUCGAUCUCGAGGUCGCACACAAGCCCACCGCUGACCGUCUCGGCAGCCCCACCAACGUCGAUGACGCCAUCAAAAGCGAAGGCGGUGUCAAGCAGGAAGGUGGUGCGGGUAAUGCUUUAGGUAACAGCAACCUGGGCAACAACUCGGCUGGCAGGACCACUCCCGCUACUUCGGCCGCUGGUGCAGGCAAGAUCGGUGGCGGAGCAGGCCGCCCUGGCGGAAGCAGCGUUAACGCUGGUAUGCCCAUCUAUCCCAUCGAAGGUCUUUCGCCUUACCAGAAUCGCUGGACCAUCAAGGCCCGCGUUACCUCCAAAUCCGACAUCCGUCAUUGGUCUAACCAGCGUGGUGAAGGCAAGCUCUUCUCCGUCAACCUUCUCGACGACAGCGGCGAGAUCAAGGCUACAGGUUUCAACGACACUGUCGACCGCUUCUACUCUCUCCUCAAAGAAAACCACGUUUACCUCAUCUCCAAGGCCAAAGUCAACAUUGCCAAAAAACAAUUCAGCAACUUGCAAAACGAGUACGAGAUCACCUUCGAGAACUCGACCGAGAUCGAAGAAUGCACAGAUGCUACGGACGUUCCCGAGGUCAAGUACGAGUUUGUCCGCAUCAACGAGCUCGAGAGUGUCGAGCCUAACCAGACUUGCGAUGUCAUCGGCGUCCUCGACAGCUACGGCGAGCUCAGCGAAAUUGUCAGCAAGGCUUCGCAGCGACCUGUUCAGAAGCGCGAGUUGACUCUCGUCGAUCAGGGAGGCAAGAGUGUCAGGCUUACUUUGUGGGGUAAGAACGCCGAGACUUUCCCUAACAAUGCUGGUGUGGACGAGAAGCCGGUGAUUGCGUUCAAAGGUGUCAAGGUUGGUGACUUUGGUGGUCGAUCGCUCAGCAUGUUCUCGAGCUCGACCAUGUUGAUCAACCCCGACAUUACUGAGUCGCACGUUCUCCGUGGAUGGUACGAUAACGACGGAGCUCGUGCGCAGUUCGAGGCUUUCAGCAAUGCCGGCGUUGGUGGUGGUGCUCUGGGUGCAGCUGGUGCUGGUGGAAACAUGGCCGAGAGGAGGACGAUCGCUCAGGUAAAGGAUGAGAACUUGGGCAUGACAGAAAAGCCAGACUACUUCAACAUUCGCGCAACCGUGGUCUACAUCAAGCAGGAGAACCUCUACUACACCGCUUGCCCCUCCGAUGGCUGCAACAAGAAGGUCACUCUCGACCAUGAGAACAACUGGCGUUGUGAGAAGUGCGAUCGUUCGUACGAGGCUCCUGAGUACAGAUACAUCCUCUCAACAAACGUCGCAGACGCCACAGGUCAGAUCUGGCUCUCAGGCUUCAACGAAGAUGCAACUAAACUCAUCGGCAUGUCUGCUGGCGAGCUUCACCAGCUUCGCGAAAACAGCGAAUCCGAAUACAGCGCCGCUCUUCACCGUGCAGCUAACCGAAUGUACCUUUUCAACUGUCGUGCCAAGAUGGACACCUUCAACGACCAGACUAGGGUGAGGUACACGAUCUCGCGCUCUGCUCCUGUUGAUUUCGCAAAGGCGGGUGCCGAGUUGGUUGAUGCGAUCAAGGUGUAUAUGUAG